GGUCCAGUGGCGGGGUGAGCCCUUGCUCUAAUCUGGGUUACGGGUUUUAAUCAGCUUAGCCCACUGCUACCACUGCUGGGUGGGCACAUUCUGUAGCUCCAGCCUGGUUUGUUCUCCACCUCUCAAGACACCUUGCAGGGACACUCGGUUCGCAGGCAGAGGAACACGUCUGGCAGAAGAGAAAUGGACUCCACUGAGGUUGCACCUGCUGCCGACACGUACCCCAAGAAAAUACUGGAGUAUAUGGAAGGCUUCCUAGUCUCCAAGACGCUGUUCACAGCUUGCGAGCUUGGUGUGUUCGACGUGUUGUUGGCUGCAGCACGCCCUCUGUCCGCGGAAGAGAUCAGCCAGACGGUCGGCGCCAGUCUGGACGGCACCGAGAGACUCCUAGCGGCCUGCAGUGGCCUUCAGCUGCUGGAGACGCACCAGCAUAAUGGACAAGUGUCUUACAGUAACACAGAGCAGGCCAGCCUCUAUCUGACCCGCUCCGGUUCCGCAACCCUCUACCAUUCUAUCCAGUACAGCUCCAGAACAAUCUAUCUCUGCUGGCACUACCUGACUGACGCUGUCAGGGAUGGAACAAACCAAUAUGAAAAAGCCUUUGGUGUCAGCUCUAAAGACUUGUUUCACGCUCUGUACAGGUCUGAUGAGGAGAUGGUGAAAUUCAUGCAGCUCAUGAACUCCAUAUGGAACGUUUGCGGCAGAGAUGUGAUCACAGCCUUUGAUCUUUCACCUUUUAAGGUCAUCUGUGACCUUGGAGGCUGCAGCGGGGCAUUAGCCAAGCAGUGCACGUCGGCCUACCCAGAGUGCACGGUGAAGAUCUUUGACCUCCCCAAGGUGGUGCAGACGUCCAGGGAACACUUUGUCAAGGAGGAUGACCACAGGAUAAGCUUCAUUGAAGGCGACUUCUUCAAUGACCCCCUACUUGAGGCGGACCUCUACAUCCUGGCCAGGAUCCUCCAUGACUGGACGGAUGAGCGUUGUGUAGAACUGCUCAGUAGAGUCCACAAAGCAUGCAAACCAGGAGGAGCUGUUUUGCUGGUGGAGGCGUUGCUGUAUGAGAACGGCGCCGGCCCGCUUACAGCGCAGCUCUACUCCCUGAACAUGCUGGUGCAAACAGAGGGUCGGGAGCGAACAGGGGCCCAGUACAGCGCCAUGCUGACUGCCGCCGGCUUCACUAACAUCCAGUACCGACUCACAGGCAAAAUCUAUGAUGCAGUUCUGGGUCUUAAAGAAGCAUGAACUUGAGCAAGAAUGAAAAUGAUGGUUCCCCAGGACUGAAAUUUCACAUUAUAAGUGCAAUCAAUGCAAUUUUGGAUUUAUAUUCCAUUACCACAAGUAGCCGCUUCUACUUAAGAUGCAAACAAAAGUAGCGCAUUCAUGGAAUCCAAAAUUAUAUUUUUGUGAUGUACCUCUAUACAAAUAAAAAACC